AUGUAUUUGUUAGCAUCCUCGACGAUUUUGUCUCUUUGGUUCGCACAUGAAGCCCACCGCAAUAUCCACAAACGUCAAACGAUAGUGAGUGCUCAAAAUCUCCCAGCUCUUCCUUUUGUUCAGUCAGAUCUUCCAUCUGUCGAGACAGGCUGCGCGCCAGGUGAUGUCGUGUCGCCUCAUUGGCAGGCAAACUCCAUCGACAAAUACAUGUCUGGAUACCCUAACUUUGGCGAAGCUCCUUUUCGAUAUCAUCGGAACCCUCGACUCUCAUUGGGACUGCUUGCGGCAGCUUUCAUGAGACCCAUUUCGGCUUCAUCUGCCAGGCCUGGGUUAAUAUGUACAACAACCUACAGUUCUAAGAGAAACCCUCUCCACAUCCCGGCUUGGGUACAUGACGGCCUGUCCGAUCAGAAUCUUGAUAUCUUUCUUAACUCCCACCCACCCGGCGCGGUCGCCGAGAUGCUCAAAAGCGGUAUUCAUCUGGGUCUGUUCCCAACACAGGCAGAGUACCAAUCCGCCAUGGAGCGAAGCCUCAAGGUCUUCCUGGACGCCCAGCUCUGGUCAAAAAUCGAUAUGCAACUCAUGAUCACAAAUCCAGAUGAUAGGGGUCUUUGCAUCGCAGAAGCCGCUCGCCUGAUCCGCGGUCAGUGCAUGCAGUUCAAGUAUCCGGAUGGGAGUAACCUAAUCACCCCUGCCACGGGUGAAACCCCUCGGGAUGCAAUCGGUGGUCUCAGCAGUGCGGGCUUGGAUUUUGACAAGGCCGUGAACAAUGUAUUGGAUUGCAAUACCGCAGGAAAGUCGGCGAGUGAUGUCGACUUUGAAGGAUUUUUUGCCUCGGGAGAACAGAGAUCGCAAGAUAUACCGGCAUGUUUGUUUGGGCUUUACGGUCAUAGGUUUGCUGGAAUUCACUUGAAGUCCGUACAUGUUUGCGGCGGGGAUUGGGCAAUGAACGGUACUAGGUAG